UGGGACAGAAGCUCGAGUCAGCGAAGCAACUGUUUUACGUACAAUCCUGUACGGUCGCAGCUAGCUAUACACACCAACGAUCGGCAACUUACAACUCAUCCCUCGGACACAAACACACUUAACAAGAAGGACAAAGAAGUGUUGCAAAAUUACAUCAAUAAACUCAGGAAAGAAAAACACUUCGGAUAGUCGUUAAAGCAAAGGGUGUUCAUGCAGUCUGGCUCUAGGUCCUUCGUUGCAACAGAUUUACUGGCAAAACAAAAAGUUUGCGUUGGAAUUAAAUGUGAUAGCUGGAGAAGGAUUCUGAAAGUGCCGGCGUAGAGAGUGACGGGUGAACCCGAGCUGUCAAACCCGAUGACUACUGCAAACUGCAGCGGUAAUGAGGACCUGGACUUCAGACUGAUCUUCGGGGAGGACGGGCAGCAGCAGUCGCUAGGCCCCGCAGAUCUUGAACCCGAUGACAACUCAUCUUUCUACAUCCUCAAUGUUGGUGGACCUCAGUCUGCGGUCAACCAGCCCAUUGGGGUCCCACGGCAUGGCCUCCAGUCUCAUUCACCAGUCAUUUCGGCACCCUCUCGGUUACAGGCUCACAAGAUGUACGAUCCUGGCUAUGAGGUUCAGGGCUCCAAGUACAGCGCCAUGGGGGCCCCUAAGGCCUUUGAGUGCCCCAGCAUCCAGAUCACCUCAAUUUCCCCCAUCUGCCAGCAAGACAUGGAGGCUAACGAGGAAGGCCUGGGAGCCAACGGGCCCGACGGGGACUACCACGACCAGCCCCUGUCCAGGGAUCACUUGUACCUGCCGCUCGACCACUCCUACAGGGACUCCUCCCUGAGCCCCAGCCCGUGCAGCAGCAUCUCCUCCAGGAGCUGGUUCUCGGACGCCUCGUCCUGUGAGUCCUUCUCCCACGUGUACGACGACGUGGACACCGAGCUGAACGAGGCGGCCGCCCGCUUCACCCUGGGCUCCCCGCUGGCCUCAUCCGGGGAGGAGGCCUGGCAGCACCGUCAUGCCACCUUCACCCACUCGCUGUCGCCCCGCCAGUCUCCCUGCCACUCGCCCCGCACCAGCGUCACCGACGAGAACUGGCUGAGCCCGCGGCCUCCCUCUCGGCCCUCCUCCCGCCCAACCUCGCCCUGCGGCAAGAGGCGCCACUCCAGCGCCGAUAUCUGCUACCCGGGCUCCAUCUCCCCGCACCACUCCCCGAGUCCGACCCCGGGCCACUCCCCUCGCGGCAGUGUGACGGAGGACACGUGGGCGGGUAGCCCCUCCCUGGGGAUUUCGUCCUUCCAGUGCUGCCCCACUGAGGUGGACAUUCCGUCCAAGACCAGAAAGACCUCUCAGGACAGGACAGCGCUCUCAGGGAAGGGGGAUUUGGGCCUGGAUGACCCAGGUAACAUUUCACCCUCGCUGGAGUUGUCUGCAGAAGACACUGGGCACAGCCUGAAGAAGGAUGGCCCUGCAGAGCAGUUCCUUUCUGUCCCCUCACACUUCACUUGGAACAAGCCUAAACCAGGCCACACACCCAUUUUCCGAACGUCAUCCCUGCCUCCUUUGGACUGGCCCCUGCCCAGCCAGUUCGGGCAGUACGAGCUGAAGAUCGAGGUGCACCCAAAGGCCCACCACAGAGCGCACUAUGAGACGGAAGGCAGUCGAGGGGCGGUCAAAGCGGCAUCAGGGGGGCAUCCUGUGGUCAAGCUCAUAGGCUACAAUGAGAAGCCAGUCAAUCUACAGAUGUUCAUUGGAACUGCUGAUGACCGCUACCUAAGACCACAUGCCUUCUACCAGGUGCACAGAAUCACUGGGAAAACGGUUGCUACUGCUAGCCAGGAAAUCAUAAUCGCCAGUACAAAGGUUCUCGAAAUUCCUCUCCUUCCUGAAAACAAUAUGUCAGCCAGCAUUGACUGCGCAGGGAUCCUGAAGCUGCGUAACUCGGACAUUGAGCUGCGGAAAGGGGAGACGGACAUCGGGCGGAAGAACACCCGGGUGCGAAUAGUGUUCCGAGUGCAUAUCCCUCAGCCUGGUGGGAAGGUCCUCUCCCUGCAGGCCGCCUCUAUCCCUGUGGAGUGCUCUCAGCGCUCGGCCCAGGAGCUCCCCCAGGUUGAAAAGUACAGUCUAAAUAAUUGCUCCAUCAGUGGAGGGGAAGAGAUGGUCAUCACAGGCUCCAACUUUUUACCUGAAUCCAAAGUCAUCUUCCAGGAGAAGGGGCCUGAUGGGCGACCUCAGUGGGAAGUAGAGGCAAAAAUUGUGAGAGAUAAAAGCCAAGGGUCCACCAUUGUUGUGGAUGUCCCUCCAUAUCACAGUAAGACGACAACUUCCGCUGUUCAGGUCCAAUUCUAUGUGUGUAAUGGGAAAAGGAAAAGAAGCCAAUCACAGCGUUUUACAUACCUGUCAGUUAUGGUGAAGCAGGAACAGAGAGAAGAGCGGGACGUACAGGCUGCCCCCCCAAUGCCUAUGCCCUUGCCUAUGCCCCUGACCCCCCCAGUCACCCAGCUGCCCUCUCCCGACAAGGCCCACCCACACGAUAGCCUCCUCUCCUGCUCCCCCCGAGGUCUGGUCCCUGGCCUGCCGUCCCCCCAGCCCACCUACUCUCCCACAGGCUCUUCCUCCUUCAAGCAUCUGCCAGGGCUCCAGGGCCGCAGUCUCAACCCCAGCUCAGACUGCCAGCUGAUCGGCCCGGCUCCUGCUUUCCACCCCAUGCCGGCCCCGCCAGCCAGGCCCUCCUACCAGCCUAUGCAACACAACCUGGCGUACAACGGCCAGACCAGUCUUCCGAUGAGCACUACCUUACCCCAGGUGUACGAACAGAUGCCCUACCAGUCUGACCCUGCUGCUGCUGCCCGCCCCCUGGGCCAUGGCAUGGUGUACCAUUCCCCUCCCUCAGUCUCCAGCUCCACUCCACAGUCUGCCACAAGUCCAUCACUGGCCCUCACCUCUCCACAUCUGCACUCUGUUAGCUAUCACUGCUGCAACAAGGCGCAGGUCUCCUCCCCGACACACUCCAUGGGCCAGCCCUCGCCCCAGCUGCAGCACACUCUAGGCUACCACUCCAGCACCCAGAGGUCUGCCUCCUGCCCCUCACCUACCACUUCUCCCAUCUCUGUGGUGCCCCCGUCACACUCAGGGCCCUCCUCUCCCCAGCUGCACUCACUGCCAUACCAGUCCCCCACCCCGAGGGCGGCCUCCUCCCCCUCACCAACCCCCAGCAGCCCUCUGAUGCACCUUCCUCACUCCAGCCAGCCAUCCCCCCAGACGCCCAGCCCCAGCAUGGCCGGACUGUCCUCUGUUUCCCCCCUGGCCCCUCACCCUCCCUUCCCCGCUGUGGUAGAGGGGCUGAACAUCAAGCAGGAACCAGAGGACAAAGAGCCCACUUUCCGCUCGAUAGGCCUGCAGGACAUCACACUGGAUGACGUGAAUGAGAUCAUUGGGAGAGACAUGUCCCGGUCCCCGGGUCCUCAGUCCUAGCUACAUCUGCAAGACUCGCUGGUCCCAGCAGCACUGUCCCAUUGCUUCCUCUUACUGCACCUCCAACCCUGGCCUUCACCAGCAGGAGCAGAGGAAAGGAGACCCCCUGCAGCAUCCACCCCAGACCCCAAACACAUGUGCAGUGCAAACACACUCAUGGCUGGGUGGCUGGAUAAGUGUGUGUAAAUCAAUGCUUCUACAUAAGUGGGUAAACCAUGGAGUGUAGAAAAAGUUUGUUCCUUAUGGUGGGCAUUCACACACAUUGAUUUGAAUUUUUCUGUGUUCCAAAAGAGAUUCACUCCUGUAUGCCGCUAUAGAGGUGCCCAUCUCUCCGGGUUUCAUUGUAGGUAACUGAUCCUAAUCUGGUUAACUUUCACCGCACCCCAGAGGACACUGUGCAGAAGAAUGUACUCGGCUGUCUUAGGGGAAAUUGUGGUGGUUUAGGUGUUUGAUUUUUGUUAGUAAUAAUGUUAACAAUGAGUCUUUCAGGCUGUCGUAAGGUCCAGUUAUUAUUUCUCCCGUACCAUAAUAACAAAAUGUCCCAGACAAGGAAAGGUGGUACCUCAUUUUGCCGUCAUUGACCCAUAGUGAAGAGGAACUGCACGAUGCAGGCGCCUGACUAUGCCCGUCUCACCUUUGUCUCGUCCGCAUGGACGGGCUGAGCACUGGGAGAGCCCAGAGGGAGACACUCCACGGCACAGCCACAAGCUGAGCAGUGACCCCCCAGAGGAAAGGCGCAGUCUAGGCUCUCAUAUGUGCAUGGGUUUAAAUCAAGUAGCCUUGGGGUUGGGAGGAACAGACCAUUCCUUUCUGAAGCUGUACUGGGGAUAGUAGUAUGCAACAUUCCACUUUUUUAUUCUUCUCGCAGACGACUGUAUACAAGGAGGUGGCUGUAUAUUAUUGUAUUUUCCCCACUUCAGGUUACACAAAUGCCUUAUAAGUAUUCAGUAGCUCUGGAAGAUGACAACAGCUUUUAAUAUAGAAAGUACAUUUUUACAUAGCAGGCA